AUGGACCUGAAGAGAAAAUUGUUGCACAAUAAGGCACCAAGUCGUUUUAAGAGCACGGCAACUAGACCUGCUGAUGAUGGCAUGUCUAACGUCUCGCAAUACACACACACAGAGAUGGAAAAAGAGCAUAGAAUUGACGAUGGUGAUAGUGAUAAUGAUAACGACAGUGAUCGUUAUAAUUAUAGAGGUAGUGGUAAUGACAGUGAUACUGAUAGUGAUUACGAUAUAUUCAAGGAGAAUCCUGUAAACACAGUAACUGCGAAACCCAAAAGACAAGGGGAAAUGGAUGAAGAUGAGGAAGACGAUAUGUUUGCAAGCGAUGAUGAUAAAGAGCCAACGAAAACUAAAAUUAAACAAGUAAGGUUUGCUGAGAGCAACAAUAGCACAACAGCAUCUACCGCCGUGGAAGGCUAUCGACAUAAUUUAUUCGAAAAUGGCAAUGAAGAAGACGAGGAAGAGGAAGAGGAAGAAGAAGAGGAAGAGGAAGAAGAAGAGGAAGAAGAAGAUGAAGAGGAAGAGGAAGAGGAAGAAGAAGAAGAAGAGGAAGAAGAUGAAGAAGAUGAAGAAGAUGAAGAAGAUGAAGAAGAGGAGGAAGAGGAAGAAGAGGAAGAUGAAGAUUAUGAUAAGAACUCUUAUUAUAUCAACGUCGAAAACUUUGACUUGACUCGACGACAGAGAAAGAAACCACAACCGAAAUUGGAAGCUUUUGAUAUGCGGGAAGAGGAAUCAAAAGGUCAUUUUGAUGAUGUAGGUAACUACCAUGAAGAUGAAGACAGAGCCAACUCAAGUAACCUGGAUCAAGAAAAUGACGAGGACGAGUAUCUCCAAGGAUUUGGUAAACUGGAAAUUAGAAAAGCACGACUAGCACAAAGAGAACGGGAACAACAAAGAAAAAGAGCAAUUGCUGAACAAGAACUUGCCAAAAACAAGAAUGUGGAGUCCAUGCUGGAACUACUUGUACAAUUGAUUAAAGUGUUGGAGCCUGUAGAAUCACCAAUGGAAGCAUUAGUGCGCCUAAACAAGGAAUUGAAAAGAAUUAAAAAAAAUAAGCAAAAAAAACUCAAGACAAGCACCGGAAAAGAAACCACCAGUGAUGAGACUAAUGAAACUAAUAAAGUAGAAAACAUUGUGAAAAACACCAUUACCAAACUAACUGAUUCGUGCUCUAUACUUCAAAAUCAGCAUGGUCAAUCUGAGGUGUAUGAGAUGACUAAAGAAGAGUUGAUGCGAUUAUUCCAAAAAGAGACAGGCAAGUACUAUUCACUAAAUCGUGGAUUGAAAAGAAAUAGAGAAGAGGAAGAAGAAGAAGAAGAAGAAGAACUAAAAGGACAUGAAAAUUUAAGUGAUGGUGACGAAACAAAUAGUCUGGUCAAUAACAUAAGAGAAGAAAGCGGAAAAGAAAUUGAUUAUGGUGAGAAGAUAUGGGAAUUCAGGUGGAUGGGUGAUGAUUUGGUCAAUGGUCCAUAUUCGGAAUACGAAAUGAAACACUGGAAAGAUACAUAUUUCAACAAUCAGGUUGAGGUUAGAAGAACAGGUGAUGUUGAUUUUCGACAUAUACUGAAUGUUAUUUUUGAUCAAUAG